CAGGCACAGAUGGCUUGGUUUGUGCUGGUGUUGGCCAUGCUGUGUGCAGCAUCUGUAGCUAAGCAGCCACCAAAUAUUAUAUUUAUACUUGCAGAUGAUCUGGUAAGUUUAUUUUGAUUUAAGCCUUUUCUAUAUCAGUGCUUUGACACUAUUUCUUCUUGCUACAGCUGUAGGCCUCUGCUUUAGGGUCUAAUAUAAGUUCAUAUCAUUUUUAAUGACUUUUGUAUCAGUUAACUACCUGGCAAGUACACAGUCCCCGCGCCUCUAUCUGGACACAACCUCAAGGGACACCAGGCUUGUCCUUUAAGAUCUUGAGAGGGCAAUAAGAAAUAAAUUUACUAUGUGCUGAGAUGGUUUAGCAUCUAUCUGUAAUAAGGUAAUGUUACUGAACAGUCCACUGCUGGGAUUUCAUUAAAAAAUCAAACAGUUUAUUAUUUUGUAAUCCAGAUGAUCAUCAAUUCCUUUGAUAUACCUAUAGCCUAAAAAAAAGUCCCUUUUGAAUGGAGCUUCCUCAUAUAGGCCAUUAUAGGGAGUGCCCCCCCUCCCCCACCCCAGACUAGUGUGUUUGCAGCUUUAUAAAUGCAAAUGAAACCCAUUUGUGAUUAAGCUAUCCACUCCUGAACUACCAUUUGCGUCCAUUCCCUUUUACAUAUUACUUGGGAUGCCAUCAUAUUUAUCAUAGGGAACUUAACAUUAAGCUUGUGCAAACCAUAAUGGAAAGAGCAUGUUUCAGUCAAACAGGCCAGAUAAAAAAUGUAAACUACUUGAAAUUGGCCCGAAAAUANAAAAAAAAGUCCCUUUUGAAUGGAGCUUCCUCAUAUAGGCCAUUAUAGGGAGUGCCCCCCCUCCCCCACCCCAGACUAGUGUGUUUGCAGCUUUAUAAAUGCAAAUGAAACCCAUUUGUGAUUAAGCUAUCCACUCCUGAACUACCAUUUGCGUCCAUUCCCUUUUACAUAUUACUUGGGAUGCCAUCAUAUUUAUCAUAGGGAACUUAACAUUAAGCUUGUGCAAACCAUAAUGGAAAGAGCAUGUUUCAGUCAAACAGGCCAGAUAAAAAAUGUAAACUACUUGAAAUUGGCCCGAAAAUAAUUCCUAAGAGAAAUCUUGCUGAUCUUUCUACCCACUAUGAUUUGCACUUAAUUUCAUGUAAUCCUAGGAUCCUUAAAGUUUUUGAAAAACUUUUCAAACGGAAAUGAAGUUUAGUAUGUCCAGCAAAAGAAAAAAAAAAAAAGAAGAAGAAAGGGAGUAAUUGAAAUGUUAAAGUCAAGACUGCAGUGUCACUUUUUUCCCCCGAAAAACAUUUUGACAUUUUGUUAAAUCUGCACAUCACAGUCUUUGGAAGCUGAUAUGUAGCAUCAAGAACAGAAGGCUGCAUAAUGCUCAUUUUAUUAACAGCGUUUUGGGCAGUCUUGGUUUGUUUUGGCUAGACAGUGACCAAAACUUAACCCAACUAGUUUGAAAUGGUGUUUUUGGGCAAAAUUUCUAGAAGUUAUGGGUUAAGCCCCAGUUUUCUAGGGGGGGGGGGAAUACCUUUGAAUAUAAAACAACUGAAUCUGCCCUCAAAAUGCUGAAUAAGGAAAACAAUGGUAAAAGACAAAUUUUAGUGUAGUGUGUAUGCUUAUGGAUUUGUUGGGGAUUGGAGUGCAUGCAAACGAGCAACAAAGCUCCAUGAAAAAGAAUGGGGUGAAGUUAAUUUUUUGGCAAAAUAAAAACCAGCUAUGGCAGCCUAGUGUUAAAAUAAGUUUAUUUCACUAUUAUUUUGCUAACAAGUCUGUAUGUUUUCUGACUACUUUUAGGGGUGGGAUGAUGUAAGUUUUCAUGGCUCACCACAGAUCCCAACUCCAAACCUGGAUGGUCUGGCAAACAGUGGAAUCAUUCUGAAUAACUAUUAUGUGCAGCACAUAUAUGCUAUAUCAUACAUGUACCUGGCCUAA